UCCGCUUCCGCUUUCUCACUCCAGCUUGCCCUCCGAGCGUAGAGCCGCCACCGAGGCCGCUGCCGGGAAGGGUGUCGGUGGGCUUGUUGGUGUGUCUCUCCGCGUCGGUGCCGGUGCCGUUGAACUGCCCGCCAUGGCUGACGCAGACCCGUUCGGCGCCCCUGCCGGCACUCCCGGCGGCCCCGCUCUGGGGAACGGGGUGGCCGGCGAAGAAGACCCGGCCGCGGCCUUCCUGGCGCAGCAGGAGAGCGAGAUUGCGGGCAUCGAGAACGACGAGGCCUUCGCCAUCCUGGACGGCGGCGCCCCUGGACCCCAGCCGCACGGCGAGCCGCCGGGGAGUCCGGAUGCUGUUGAUGGAGUGAUGAAUGGCGAGUACUACCAGGAGAGUAAUGGCCCAACAGACAGUUAUGCAGCUAUUUCACAAGUGGAUCGAUUGCAAUCAGAGCCUGAAAGUAUCCGUAAAUGGAGAGAAGAGCAAACGGAACGCUUGGAAGCCCUGGAUGCCAACUCUCGGAAGCAAGAAGCAGAGUGGAAAGAAAAGGCAAUAAAGGAGCUGGAAGAGUGGUAUGCGAGGCAGGAUGAGCAGCUACAGAAAACAAAAGCAAACAACAGACUCCGCCAUGGGACAGUUCUACAGAUCCCGAUGUCUGCUUUAGAAGGGAGUCAGUCUGGCUUGGGCCAGCCCUUGGAUAUGCCAAAGUUGUUUCCUGGGAAGUCAGCCUGGGAUAUGACUGUUGGAGUGAUGACAACUCCAGAGCCAGCCAGAUGACACCCUCCUCCUCACCCCCAUCUCUCUCUUUAAAAAAAAAUUUUUUUUAAUUAAUUUUAGAGAGGAAUUCAACACUUGAUUCACUGAGCCAAAUAUUUUUGUUUUAUCCUGUCCACAUUCUCCAUUUUUGCAGUUUGUUCCAUAUUUUAUUCCCUUCAUAAUUCCCAGAAUUAUGUUCAGUGAUGUUAUAGAAAACAUCCUUCUUUUCCUCUUAAUUGCAGUAAGAAUGCCUCUAGAAUUUCACCAUGACAAAGGGUAUUGGCCACUGAUGUAGAAUAUAUUAUAGUCAUGUUAAGAAAAUAUUCUCUUAUUAGAAUUUUGUAAUAAAAGAGGCCUUUGGCUUCUUUUGAGAAAAUUAUAUUUUGUUUUUCUCUACUGACCUAAACAACUUUAUGUUUAAAAUCUUUGCUAUUUCCAAA